CACUGGCGUCGGCAGGCGGGGGCAGAGGAAGGGGCACACGAAAGCCCAGCUUGCCUGCCGUCACUCAGUAGCCACCGCUCUCAAAGCGGACGAUUAUUUACGUUCUCCGUUUGAAAAACAUCGAAAACAACAUGGUUCGCACACGAUUAUGGGUGAAUUGACGUUAAAAUCCCGCUCAGAUAGUGCUCAAACCGUUCCAUUAUCUGUUAAAGUGCUUCUGCAAGACUUGAGAACGUUAUCACUGGAGUUUUAAGUGUUAAAAGAAUUGUUUUCGUCUAUUAUUAGUGUUAUUUUGAUGGAUUGAAGUUUACUUUGUGUCAAAUCAGUGCUCAUAUCGUUGUUAGAUCUGUUAGAGUGAAUCUGCAAGCCUUCCUAGAGUCGACUUUGAUAUUUGAUUAAUUGAAGGACGUUCUUCAUCCGUUAAAACUGUUAAUUUCAGUACUCAAACUUUUAUACUAACUGUUAAAGUAAUUUCGCACAGUCUUUUUGAUUAUUCCAAGCUUGGUAUUGAUCUGUGACAACCCUAAAACAAAUUUCAAGCCUUUGAAACACAACGACUGACUUUUAAAUUUUUCAAACCUUGUUUUCAUCCAUUACAACCCUCGUUACAUUCCUUAAGGCUCAUCCAACAAUACAAGCUUCAUCAUGUACAGGUUACUAGGCAGUUUAGCACACUAUCUCAAGUACCAAGAGAUUGUAACUGAUUGUGCAGUGUUCAGGAUGCACAAUCUCUUCACCACAGCUCUUCUGAUGGCUUGCAGUCUAAUUAUUACUGCAAAUCAGUUCGUGGGUAAUCCCAUCCAGUGUAUCGUGGAUGGUCUGCCUACCCAUAUAGUCAACACUUACUGUUGGAUCUCGAGUACGUUCACCAUGCCCGAUGCAUUCAAAAGACAGGUUGGGACAGAGGUAGCCCAUCCAGGAUUAGGAAAUGAUUUUAGUGAUACAGAUGCUCAAAAAUUUUACACUUAUUACCAAUGGGUCUGCUUCGUAUUAUUUUUCCAGGCCGUGGCUUGUUAUACACCAAAAGUCAUAUGGGACAGUUUUGAAAAUGGAUUGAUGAGGAUGUUGGUCAGGGGUCUCAACGUUGGUAUUUGUCACGAAGAUGAAAAAAACUCCAAGAAAGAAGUCAUUUUGGAGUACCUCAUGAAGCACGUCAAGGUA